GAGCAGGAGCUGAGCAUGGAGAGCAGGGAGGAGAAAUGCCCGCGGCAGGAGCUGGUGGAAGAGGCCGUUUUGAGCGGCUCCACGGCGCAGGAAGGCAACGGGGAGGAAAAGGCGCGGAGAUGCCGCACGAGGAGGGGCUGCAAAGGCAGCUGGCGGGGAUGUGAGGGGGAAAGAGGCGGCCUGGGCCGGGAAGGCGGCCGGAGAUGGAGCCAGAGCUCGGAGCUGGUGCUCCGUGAGCAGCUCCGUGAUGGGGAGAAGCCCCACACGUGCGGGGAGUGUGGGAAGAGCUUCAGGUGGAACAGCGACCUGAUCGAACACCAGAGGAUCCACACUGGGGAGAAGCCCUACGAGUGUGGGGAGUGUGGGAAGAGCUUCAGCAGGAACUCCAACCUGAUAAGGCACCAGAAGACUCACACUGGGGAGAGGCCCUACAAGUGUUCCAAGUGUGGGAAGACGUUUCAGUGCAGUUCUGAUCUCCUCAAGCACUAUUGGAUUCACAGAGAGGAGAGGCCCUUCCAAUGCCCCGACUGUGGGAAAGGAUUCAAGCACAACUCCAGCCUCAUCAACCACCGGCGCAUCCACACAGGGGAGAGGCCCUACGAGUGUGAUAAAUGCAGGAAGAGGUGUCGGACCAGCUCUCAUCUCCUCGCCCACUAUCGGAUUCACUCAGAGGAGAGGCCCUUCCGCUGCCCCGACUGUGGGAAGGGAUUCAAGUACAACUCCCACCUCGUCACCCACCGGCGCAUCCACACCGGGGAGAGGCCCUACGAGUGUCCCCAGUGUGGGAAGAGCUUCUCACAGAGCUCUAUCUUGACCCGACACCAACAG